AUGGCUUCUUUCAAGUGCAUGAUCUUUGCUGCAUUCUUGAUCGCUUUGUUAUUUUCAAGCAUGGAUGUUGGGUUAGCUGCUCGUCAUCUUCAGCAAUUACCAACUGUACCUUUAGUGCCAAAUUUGCCAAUGCCUUCAUUACCACCAUUGCCUGGCGGUCUCCCAACUCUGCCGCAGCCCACAUUGCCUACAAAUCCAUCUCUACCUCAGCCUACACUACCUCCACUUCCUAGCUUGCCUAGUGUUCCUAAGGUUGCUUUGCCUCCAUUGCCAAGCAUCCCCUCAAUCCCCACUAUCCCAACUACAAUUCCCUCAAUCCCAAUCCCAUUCCUCUCUCCACCACCUGGCAACUAA